AGCACAGGCGUAUUUUCGUUUCUCUACCCCGGUAGCGCUAGCGCUAGCGGCUGACGUCACAACCCACUGCAAACCACAACCCGAAAAGAAAAUGACGACGGUAACAGUUAGAGCUAGGUUAGAGAGGGCGGAGGCUGGGCGGAGGCGCGGAGAGCGAGCCUGUUCAAACAAAUUGUUGUGAUUGAAAAGGUAAACAAGUUUAGAAAAUGAAUCCGGAAAGAUUGAGGAUGGUAAUGGCUGUAGUUGAAGAUGUAUUCUUCGGAGGUGAUGAUGACGACGAUUUAUUGUUAGCUACAGUUUCAGCCUCGUCUUCUUCAUAUGGGCUUGUUUUGAAGAAAAAGAGAGAGGAACAUUUCAGGUUAGGGCAUUUGUCUGGUGAUAUAAAUGAUUGGAUUCCGCGGUAUCUCGAUGCAGAUUUCCACGACAGAUUUAGGAUGAAGAAGGAUUCAUUUUGGGCAUUGGCGGAUGUUGUGCGCCCACUUUACCCACAAAAAUUGUUGCGUGGAAGUGCCCCUUUAGUGGAUUGUAAUAAAGCCAUCCUGAUGACUCUAACAUACCUCGGUCUACAGAUAUCCAUGGAUGAAGUUGGUGACAGGUUUGGUGUUGCUGUAUCAACUGUCCACAAGGAAGUGUAUCUGGUGGUGAAAAUUCUGUGUGAUCUCAAGACCAGAUAUAUCGUUUGGCCGACACAAAACGAAUGUACCAUCAUAGAAAACCAAUUCCGUGAGAGGGCAGGUUUUCCUGGUGUGAUUGGAGCUAUUGACGGUUGUCAUGUACAUGUAUUAGCACCUGCUCGUGACCAGGCGGCAUACAAUGAUCGUAAGAUGAGUCACUCCAUAAUUUUGCAAGGUAUCUGCACUGCGACCAAAAUUUUCACUAAUGUUUCAAUUGGAACACCUGGUUCGAGGCAUGAUUGCACAGCAAUGGCACUAUCCAGUAUUCAUAGGAAAAUAGUAAGUGAAGGACCAAAGAGUGUCAUUUAUGAAGAUCGUUUUCAUCUUAUUGGGGACAAGGCUUAUCCUAAUCGAUGCUGGCUCAUGGCCCCAUACAAGGAUAAUGGUAAUUUAACAAGAAGACAGAAGAAGUACAAUUACCAUCAUAGUCAGACCAGAGUGGUCAUUGAGCACACAUUUGGACUUCUCAAGGGUCGGUGGCGGCGGCUGUUAGCUCUAGGUCUUAAAGAUGUGGCAGAGGAUACCAAUUUCAUUUUGGCAGCAUGUGUGUUGCACAAUUUUUGUUACCUACGCAAUGACUUGGUGAUUCAAGAAAUGGCUGGAGAUGCAAGGAGAGUAGAACAGCAAGCAUUUGCCUUCAAUGAUCAACAAAGCAAAGAAGUUGGCUCCCAAAAAAGGGAAGAAAUAUGUGAUAUAGUUGGAUAAGUUGUGAGUUGCUGAAUAAACACUAAAUUAUAUACACUUGUUGUUGUCAAAUCUUGUGUCUUCAGGAUACAUUGAAAAAAAAACAAA